CGUCCUGUCUUUGACAGUCCUUUCAGGAGAAUCAUUUGCCACACGCAUGCGCAGAUUGAUUGUAAAGCGGGCCUUGAAUCAUGUCAAGACACGGUCGAAACGGAGGAGACUCCAAGAUUUAUGUCGGUAACCUGGGCACUGGUGCAGGGAAAGGAGAGCUAGAGCGGGCGUUCGGGUAUUACGGACCUUUAAGAACCGUGUGGAUUGCUAGGAACCCCCCGGGCUUUGCCUUUGUGGAGUUUGAAGACACCCGGGAUGCAGAAGAUGCGGUCCGAGGCCUUGACGGCAAGUUGAUUUCUGGAUCUCGAGUUCGAGUUGAAUUAUCUACAGGAAUGCCGCGGCGAUCUCGGUACGAGCGUGCGCCCACCAACCGGCCCUUUGACUCCAACGACAAGUGCUAUGAGUGUGGUGAGCGGGGGCACUAUGCCUACGACUGCCACCGCUACGGUCGACGAAGGAGGACCAGGUCCCGGUCUCACUCCAGGUCCGGUGGGAGGAGGUACUCUCGCUCUCGCAGCCAGGGCCGUGGCAGGAGAUCAAGAUCCUUCUCUCCACGCCGCUCUCGUUCUCCUAGAAGAUCUAGAGCCCUUACCCCCAAGAGGUCAAGAUCUCGAUCAAAGUCCAGAUCAAGGUCUACGUCACAUUCUCAUGCAAAGACCAGGUCUGGUUCUGUGGGCAGAUCCAAGUCUGGUUCCCCCACGAGGAGCUGUUCAAAAUCUAAAGCUUCACCUCAAAAACUAAGCCACUCUACCUCGAGGAGUCCUCGUCGAAGUGACAGCUCGGAGAGGGACGACUGAACUUGGGAAGUUUUUUGUUUCUUUAUGUUAGCAUCUCUAGUGACUAAGUUCUUUGUAAACCCAUUGUAUUGUAUCAUUUGAACAUAUGUGGUGUUGUUAAUUUCCUCCUGAGGCAUAUUACUGACGUUUCAAGAAGAAGCAAUGGGGACCCAGUUUGGAAUGCUUUUGUGUUUGUGUUUUAGAAAUAGUUGUUGGUUAAUAAAGUAUAUUUGAUUUAAAA